UCCCCGCUUCCGUGGAAAUGGAAUAAAGCCUCUCUCCCUCGUCUCUUUCUCUCUGUCCGGAAGAACUCUGUUUUGAGAAUCUGAAGCGAUCUCCGUUCCAUCGCCUCCUCCCGCCGGGGAAGCAAUGGGAGCGUGCACGAACGAUGAUGAGCAGUGGAGCUUCUCCUCUGCGUCCUUUGUGGACAGGCGGUCCUCCAAGCAAGUCUACGACAACGUCCAUGGCAACAUCUACCUUGAUCCCCUUUCGCUGAAGUUCAUCGACACAGAACAGUUUCAGAGGCUUCGUGAUCUAAAGCAACUCGGACUAGUUCACAUGGUCUACCCUGGAGCGUCACAUUCUCGGUUUGAGCAUUCACUGGGGGUGUAUUGGCUAGCUGGAGAAGCUGUUCAUGCCAUCAAAGCUUGUCAAGGUUUGGAACUUGGUAUAGACCGCUUUGACAUGGAGACUGUAAAACUUGCUGGACUACUGCAUGAUGUAGGCCAUGGGCCAUUUAGCCACUUGUUUGAAAAGGCAAUACUUCCCCAAAUUCUUCAUGGAUCUAAUUGGUCGCAUGAAGAUAUGUCUGUGAGAAUGAUAGAUUACAUAGUUGAUGAGCACAACAUUGAUGUUGAUUCACAACGCCUUAAGAAAGUAAAGGAGAUGAUUUUUCCUUCCAAACAUCUCUCACAUACAUGUGUGAAGGACAAAAAGUUCUUGUAUGAUAUAGUUGCAAAUGGAAGAAAUGGGAUUGAUGUCGACAAGUUUGAUUACAUUGUUCGGGACACUCGCGCCUGUGGUAUGGGCUGUAAUUUUCAGUUCCGGAGGCUAAUGGAAUCUAUGCGAGUUAUUGGUGAUGAGAUAUGCUACCGUGCCAAGGACAAUCUCACCAUCCACAAGUUAUUCUCUACUCGCGCUGAUUUGCAUCGGACAGUCUACACCCAUGCAAAAGUAAAGGCUAUAGACCUCAUGCUUGUGGAUGCUCUUACAGAGGCGGACAAAUUCCUUAAGAUUUCAUCCUCAAUUCAAGAACCAGCUGAAUUUUGGAAGUUAGAUGACUCGAUCAUGAAAACCAUUGAAACAUCUUCAGACCAUGAGUUGAAGGAAUCAAGAGAUUUGAUACGGCGCAUCAGGAGAAGAGACUUGUACAGGUUCUGCAAUGAGUUCUCUGUUCCAAAGGACUCACUUGACCACUUCAAGGCCAUCACUCCUCAAGAUAUUGUUUGUUCUCAGAGGUCUGGCGGCAUUGCACUGAGAGAAGAAGAUGUGGCUGUGAGCAAUGUCAAGAUAGAUUUGACUCGGGGAAGAAAUAACCCGCUCGAGAGCAUCAACUUUUUCAUGGACUAUGAGAGUGACGAGAAAUUCACGAUACAGGACGAUCGCAUCAGUCACCUCCUGCCUGCAUUUUACCAGGAUAUGAUCGUAAGAGUGUACUCGAAGAAACCCGAACUGGUUGGGGCAGUAUCUGAAGCCUUUGAGAACUUUCAACUUAAGACUUUUGGUAUAAAGCCACAAGUGCACUCAACCCCUGAGAAAAAGAAACGUCGGGUGAUCUAAAAUACUUGCCGGCCGUAAUUCAGGUAAACGCCAACGAAAGGAAUCUAAGUGAGUAAGAGUACAACUUAUUUUGAAAAAAAAGUACGAGUACAUACAGUUGAGAAAUUCUCCGAACCCUAAUUAAUCGUAUAACCAGAAUCAAAUGUCCAAAAAACAGAUUGUAAGUUCAUGAUAAAUAAUUAUUCUAAAUUCAUUAUAA